GUUACCUACUGCAGCAGCCUCUUGUGGAGAUCUUAACUUCCGUCCCACCAAAUUCAGCGGUGCCUUUACAACCGGCUCUGUGAGAAGACUUGAGACUGGCAUAAACGGAUUUAAGCAAGGAGUGUUUGUGCAAGACACUUGGGCUCUUCCGUCUCCUGACAUCCUCAUUCUCUCAUUGCUUUGAAAAAUCCUUCUGUUAGAUGCGAGGUUCCUGGGUCAUCUUUUAGGACUUCUUUCCCCAGAUGAAGUCUUUUGCAGAAGUCCUGCACGCCAGGAGGCCGGCGUUUUUCAACUAAGCCUCCCGAAUGCAAAUGCAGGGCUCCCUGGUACACUCGGUGACACUUGCCCUCUGCGUUCCCAGGAGCUACCUCGCAAGGGGUCUCCCGCGCUGCACCGCCAGGUGGCGCCCUUCUCGAAGGGAACUCACCUCAGUCACAGACGGUGGGGCAGUUGCUCGGCAACCGAAACUGGGCGUUCCAAACAAUUGGGAACCGGGAUCCUCCGCGUGCGUUGUGUGCGGCUGCGCGGGCCCCCAGUCCUUCACACCAGCGCCUUUUUGCCAUGCCUUUCACCCGAGACCCUUUCCAGCACCCUACGUUGGAUAACGAUGAUUCCUACUUGGGAAAAGCCCGAGCUUCCAAGAAACUGCCAUAUAAGAACCCAAAUCACCUUGCUCAGCAACAGGAACCCUGGAGUCGGCUCAACUCAACUCCCACAAUCACCUCCAUGAGGCGGGAAGUUUAUUUUUUUGAUCCUGAGAUACCCAAGGAUGACCUGGAUUUCCGCUUAGCAGCCUUGUACAACCACCACACAGGGACAUUCAAGAACAAAAAUGAGACACUCUUACAUCAGGAGACCACCCAGGAUACCCAUGGAAUCAUCAAGACCCAAUUCCCUGGAGAACCUUUACCCCCUCCUCUGCCACCUUCCAUCACUUCCCAGGCUAACAUCAGACACUGGAUCAACCCUAAGAAGGAGUCUAUCCACAGCAUCCAGGGAUCCAUAGUGUCCCCUCAUACUGCAGCCACCAAUGGAGGCUACUCCCGAAAGAAUGAUGGUGGCUUCUUCUCUACCUAGUGUUGACAGGCCCCUGGACUAAUUAAUCAUAGUGGAACGUCCUUUCGCCAACCUCCAUUAAAUAGAUUUGUGCUGGAUGAAGCUUGAAGUGUUGCCCAAGGACUAAAAGUUGACACUUGACUACUCUUAAAAUAUGGAAGUUUCCCAACUUCUAGAAGUUAGUCCUGUUGGACAUAUUUGCAAUUUGGAGUCAUUUUGCUGAGAAGAUAAGGAUUUAGAAGUCAUUCCAAACAUUGAUGUAUCCAUUCAACAUUUCUUGCGAACUUUUAUAUGUCAGGCACUGAGCUAAGUGUUGAGGAAACAAGAAUGGACGUAGCCUAUUUUCUUAAUGAGCUCACACUGCCAUAAUUCUGGUAGUUCUAUGUGGCAUUAAUGGUUAUGAUGAGGUCACACUUAACAUACUUUGGACCAAGUGGAUUUUGUCAUCUACUGGACUCUACCUUGCCAUGAGGGCUCGAUCUGUCUGGUCCAGGCUCCUUGCCAUUGCUCAUUCUCUGACUCUGCGGUCUUCUUGCCUGGGAGUCAAUUCCCUUCUUUGUCAACUUGUGCCGUGAAAUACAGGCAGUUCUUCUAAACAUGGUUCAAUAAUCUGGUGCUUGGGCUUGAGGGGACCUAAAAACCAAUGCAGUAAUGUGGUUUCUAAAAUUACAAGUCACUCAGGGGGACCUGCUGUUAAAUUGGGCAAGAAAUGGCAGACCUUUUAGAAUACUGUAGGGUAAACUUCCAUUUCUAAGUUUGGACAGCAUGUGCAUUAUUGAAUAAUGCAGAUAUGAAAGGACUGCUUCCUGUUACUUAGGUACACAUGGUCCUUAAAUCCCACCAAUCUGUCACAGCCCCUCUUCCACAGUUACUCCACCUAUUCAGAUAGUAUCUGCUGCCAAGUGACAAUAUGAAGUUUCAAUUCUCAUUAUUUAUAAUGGCUGAAAGCGGCAGAGAUGGGUGACUCUCCAGAUAAUCAUCUCAUGCAGGUUAUUUGAUACUGAAAUAUUUAAAAAUUUAAUACUGUGACCCAUACAUCAAGGUUUUUAAAAAUACAGACUCGUUGACCUCCCUAAUAAAUCUAAUUCAGUAAAUCUGGGGCGGGUCCCUGGAAUCUGAAUAUUUACAAGCUCUCCAAGUUCUCUUACGGAUACUCACACACGCGAUACACACACACGCGCGCGCGCACACACAUAUAGGCGUGCAUAUAUACAUAGAGCCUUUAGCGACAGACGCUGUAGUGUGCUUCUAGAUCAGCGGGCACCAGUGUUGGUACCAUACAAACGGUCAUCACAAGUCGGGACUAAAGGAAUAAAGGGAGGGGUGCUAAAGAAAAACACUGAAGCGGCAAACACGACUUCGUGCCCUUCCAGCUCCAGGGGGCGGAGCGAUGGCUCCUUCACCCGCGCCUUCCCCACCCGUCAGCGCCCCUGCCGCCGCCGAUUGUAAACGCUUAGCCCCAAUGCCACGGGUGGCCGUGCCCCAGGGCCGGGCUCAGAUCAGAAUCGCCUCGAUAAUCAGUGGCCCGGGACUAGCCCGGCCUCGUCUAUCUGAUCAAUUCAUCAUUUCUGAGCGCCGGGCCCCGUAAGACCGGCUCCGGGACCGCAGCGUCGCCGCCGCCAAAGGGGCCUCGCUGCACAGCGCCCCAGAGGAGGGGGCUUCGCAGGAGGGAAGCUUUUCAUAUCGGGUCGGCCCCGCGGGGCAAGGGUCACAACCCGAUCAAAUAAGAUCAAGGUGUAGGCGGGGGAGAGUGGCUCAGGGACGGGCG